AUGAUUGGAUCGCAUACUUUAUCAACUAUUAUAUGUAGAGAUGGUAGACAGCUUGUAUAUCCUUUAGAAGUUAAAUUCGAUAUUGAUAAUGUUUUAAUCGCUCAUAUAAAUUUCCAUAUAUCAGUUUAA